AUGGCAAGUAACGAGCAGAAAGGAAGAGCACCGUCAUCGGAAGCUGCUGAAAAGGAAAGAUUACUGAAACAUGAGGAAGCAGCGAAAGCACUCGGUAAACCGAUCUACGAUGAUAUGAAGGGUGGAUGGACCCAGUCUUUACUAAUGGCUGUUGCAUCGGCAGCAAUUGGUGGUUCAUUUCAAUUCGGUUAUCAUAUCGGAUGUGUCAAUGUUCCUGCAAAAGUAAUCAAAUUAUGGAUGAUUGACUCGCAUAAGAAACUUUUCGACGAAACAUUAUCGCUUGAUGAAAUUGGCAGAGUUCAAUGGGCCAUAGCAGUUGGUAUAUUCGCUGUGGGUGGUAUGAUUGGCGGGUUGGGAUCAGGUAAAAUGGCUGAUUGGUUAGGCCGUAAGGGCGCUAUGGUAUUUAAUAAUGUUGUGGCUGUCUUGGCUGCUGUACUAAUGACUUUGGCUUAUUAUGUUAAUAUGUAUCCGUUACUCAUAGUUGGACGUCUUGUUAUUGGUAUUAAUUCUGGUUUAAGCUCAGGUUUAGUACCAAUGUAUCUUACCGAGAUAUCACCAGUCAAUUUACGUGGUUCGCUAGGUAGUGUCGCGCAACUUUUAGUCACUAUCGGCAUUUUAUUCUCGCAGAUUAUCGGUUUACCACAAAUUCUUGGAUCAGCGAAAUUGUGGCCCAUGGUUUUUGGAUUUACCGUGGUACCAGUGGUUUUCCAAAUAGCUACGCUGCCAAUGAUUCCGGAAUCGCCAAAAUACAGUUUGAUUGUAAAAAAUCGCGCCGAACAAGCUGAAGAGGAUCUGAAAAAGUUACGAGGAAAGGACAACGUGAAAGCUGAAAUUGACAUGAUGAAAGAAGAGCAAGCUAAGAUAAACGCUGUUCCCAAGAUGGGUAUCUUCGAUUUGUUUCGUGGUAAUCUACUUUGGCCCAUGAUUAUUGGAAUUUUGAUGAUGUUAGCGCAACAGUUUUCUGGUAUCAAUGUCGCCAUGUUUUUCUCCACAAUGAUUUUCGAAGGUGCUGGACUGGGUGAUAAAGCCGUGUAUGCUACACUGGUGAUGGGUUUAAUUAACGUCCUCAUGACUGUUAUUUCUGUUUAUUUGGUGGACCAUCCGAAAUGCGGGCGUGUCAUGUUACUUAUGAUUGGUUUGAUUGGAAUGUUCUUCGCUUCCAUCGCUAUUGUAAUCUUCAUCUCAGUCUACACAUCAGAUCAAACAGGCAAUAAGUGGGCAUCUUAUCCUGCUUGCUUAUUCGUUUUCCUCUUUGUGAUUUUCUUUGCGACUGGUCCAGGUUCCAUUCCAUGGUUCUUCGUCUCGGAACUUUUCUCAUCGGGUGCACGUGGUGCUGCAAAUUCGGUUGCCGCAGCAACUAAUUGGACUGCAAAUUUCCUCGUCGGAACAUCAUUCGAAUUUCUUAACCAAAUGUUACACCAGUACACCUUUUUGAUAUUCUCUGGUUUUCUGGCAUUUUUCGCAUUCUUCACCUGGAUGUAUGUUCCGGAAACGAAGGGUCGCAGCGUAGAAGACAUACAAGAGGAGCUGGCUCGUGGCAAAUCUCGAUUCGCUCGAAAUGCAGCAUAG